GCGAUGGAUCCAAAUGAUGAUAAUGGAAUUAUACUAGUAAGUCAUUCUUCACUAUAGUCCUGGAGUGUCAUCAAAUCUGGAUUUAAAAAGUCAGGAUAUUUUUAAGUCCGGGAUGCCUUUUUAUCCGAAAAUCCUGCUCGACCGUGCAACUCCACUCGGAUUUAAAAGUCCGUAAAAUUUCCGGAUGAAUUUCCUCGAUCAACUCCGGUAAAAAACAUUCUGUAUGAGUUUUUCGCUGGCAAUAAAAAGCAAUACAAGUCCGAUUGUUAAUCAGUUGUAUAUCACUCUUAGAUCGUACAUCAAGUAAGUAAAGUGUGACUUAAUAGUGUAAGUCCACAAUAGGACACAAACACAACACCGUUAAAUUUUACUGUAAUGCAACCGAAGUUGCACUAAAUUACAGUUUUAAGUAACUAUAGGAGUCGACCGACAUCACAGAAUGAUACUCUAGUGUGUGCAGACAUGGCGUAUGAAUGGAAGCAACUCCAGAUGUACUUUAAUAAUGAAACUACUAGUAUUACUAUUAUACUCUAUGACAUGUGGACUUGCAUUGCUGUAUAUUCCAACUGACAAACUCAUCCAGAAUUUUUUCCCGGACUUGAGAGGUUUUUUAAGAAACUAUCGGAGUUGAUAGAGGGAAAUUGAUCCGGAAAUAAGUCAUCCGGAUUCCAGCAUGUUCGGCAAAUGAUUUAUCCGGACAUGUUGGAUUCUGGAUGAAUAGUUUUCGGAUGGGUUAAAAAAAAGGAUUUUAAUAAUCCGGAUUUCAUGACACUUACUCCUAUAGCCUAUAAUAAUUCUACUGAAUGAUAUCUAACUUUUUAGCCAGAAGUGCAUGGAACUCUUGAGUUCAAAGAUGUUCAAUUUCGUUAUCCAACAAGACCGGAAUUUCGAAUUUUAAAGCACUUUUCACUUGGUUGUGCGACGAAUGGCACCACUGCACUUGUUGGCCCGUCUGGAAAUGGAAAGAGUACAUGUGUAGCUCUUAUUGAGAGAUUUUAUGAUACAACCAGCGGCGCUAUCAUGUUAGAUGUUCAACAAGAACCAGUUUUGUUUAACUUUUCCAUUCGAGAAAAUAUUGCUUAUGGAAGCUGUCAGACAGCAGUGACCCAGGAAGAAAUUGAAGCUGCUGCCAAAAUGUCAAAUAGUCAUGAUUUCAUCAAAUCUUUACCACAAGGCUAUGACACUAUCUGUGGGGCACGAGGAAACCAAAUGAGUGGAGGCCAGAAGCAAAGAAUUGCAAUUGCAAGAGCUCUUGUAAGAAACCCAAAAAUUCUUCUGUUGGAUGAGGCUACUGCUGCACUGGACAAUAAAAGUGAAAAGAUUGUUCAACAAGCGCUUGAACAAGCUCAAACUGGAAGAACAUGUUUAUCGAUCGCCCAUCGUUUGAGCACGAUUCGAAAUAGUGAAAAAAUUGCCGUUGUUGUUCAUGGGGAAUUCUAUGAUUAUAUUGAACAAUUAGCCAGUGAGCCGGUAAAAUUGCUUUGCAAAGUGCAAGGAAUUAGAUCAAUGGUUGCAUUAGCUGAUACAACAAAGGAUGAAAUAUUAAAUGAGGAUUUAUGUUACGAAGAGGAUGAUAACUACAAAGAAAUGACACAAUAA